AUGAGCGACGCGAAGGACAUCUUGGGCAUUCCCAGGGGCGGUACCGCGUCCACGAAGGGGAAGAAACCGCGAGAGCCGGCGGCGAAACCGCCGAAAGGGGUGUCGCGCGAGGUGUGGCAGAUCACGCAGGAUCGCCAGAGCGCGCUCGAUGGGAACGACGCGCUCGCGGCGAUCGCCCCGAGCGCGAUCGCCCUGCACGGGUUGAAGGAUAAGCGUAAGAUCACGGCGCGGACGGUGACUUGGCAGUGGAUGCCGUUUCGAAACAGCGCGCGGUCGGACGGACUGCAGCUGAAGCACUGGGUGAAGCGCGCCGUCGGCGGGGCGCAGCCGACGUUGAUGGGAACGAACGGAGGCGAUGUCGGAGGAGAUUACGCGUUCGCAAAGUAUAACAAGAAGAUUGAGAUGUUCAAGUACACGACGGAGGAGUACGAGCGGUUAUUGAGGCAUCUCGAUGAGUCGUGGUCGAAAGAGGAGACGGACUAUCUGUUUGAACAGCUCGAGCGAUUUGACCUGAGAUUCAUCAUCGUCGUCGAUCGGUGGUCGUUCGAGGGUGGGCCGAAUCGCACGGUGGAGGAUUUGAAGGUGAGAUACUAUAGCAUUGCGAAGGUUCUCAUCGAAGCGCGCGCGGAAUCUCCUGAGGAGGCGGCGGCGCAUCAGAUCGUGAAAAUGCCGUUCAAUGCGCAACACGAGCUCGAUAGAAAGGUAGCGCUGAACACGCUUCUCAAUCGAACCAACGGAGAAAUGAAGGAAGAGGCUGAGAUCUUAUCCAAGGUGAAAGAGAUCGAGAAGCGCCGACGCGCUGAGAACCAAGCGUUGUUGCAGAAGGCCGUGUCCGUGUUCUCGACGUCGCGAACGCACAUGGUCCAGAACCCUGUUUCGAUUGAUGACGUUCGCGCAGAGUUCGAACAGCUCGCGCCGGAACUUCCAGUCAAGGGAAGCGGCGCGUUAAAGCCGGGGGCGUACCUGCGCGGUCAACACUUCGUUACCGUCGCUAACGAGCAAGCGAAUGCCGCCCAGGGCGGAGCGAGGUUCGCUAAACGCAUCGAUCAGUCCCUUGAGGAUUUGGGUGUGACAAACCCUGUGAUGAGCACACAUGCGGUGUGCGCAGGUUGGCUAAAGCUUCGCGAGGAAACAAUCGAGCUCUUGCGCGUGCGCAAGCAACUGGUCACGGUCUACGAGAGAUUGUUAGCCAAGGGUAAAACGCCAGGCUACAUUCCGGGCAUGGCUGACGUCGAACCGAAGAAGACGAGCGCGGCGGAGAAAGCCGUGCCCGUGCGCGUCGCGUCGUCAGGAGAAAUCAAGCGUGAAGAUUCAUCGACCCUGACGUUGAAAAGAAAGACGCAAGACGCGGUAGGGGGGCGCGUUCAAAAGGCUCAGAAGAUGACGAGACGAUAA